UGGUCGCAAUUAAAUCGAAAUACGGAAGUUAAUCGUUGAGAUAAAUAAGUCAGCCGUAAUGGAGGGUAGAAUUCACGAUCACAUUCAAGGCAGAAGGUAGUGAGACGAUUCGGUUCAUUCGGAUCGCUUCCUGAUUUUGAAAUAAGGCCAUCUUGCACUUAUUGUAGUCUCUCGAUCACAAAUCAUGGAGGAAAUGAAGUCAGGAACCGUAGAAGCAGAGCAGGAAUCAGUAUGGACAAAUGGUGCUUUGGAGGCAGUUAUGAAGAUUAUACUGAAUGCAACAGAGACUCAGCAUAAUCACCGAUUGUUUCUCAACUCUCUUAAACGUUACAAGACAUUCGAGGAAGAAUUGGAGAGCAAGAGCGGCCGAGGAGUACAACUUCUGAUGUCUGGUAGUGUUGCAGAGAACUUAUUUGCAAUCCACUGGGUCUACAAAGAUGGGAAAAGGGAGGCAAAUAAUGAUAUCGAUGUCAUGCUUAUUGAUUGCUCAAUGGUCGUUGUUGAAAAAGAUCCUAAGAUGGAUGGUGAGGACACUGAAACAAACACCGGUAAAUCUGCUCAACCAGAAUCUUCUCAUACUUGUAUAGCAGAAGAUGAGAGAGAAGAGGUUGCUUACGAGGCCUCAAAUGACAAAUUUUGGCAUACAGAAAAACAUGCCCUCUUGGUUCCAAGUAACCACCCUGGUUACGUUCAACUGAGUACCGUCGAUGAGAAAGAAAAAAGAACAUUUUUGACCACAGAGAGCUUCAAAAUGUUUUGGUCUGAGGUUGUUAACAACACUGCACUUUAUUCUCUAGUCAGCGGUCCUCAGCUUCCUGCAGGUGGGGUCGUUGUCAGUGGACCAGCUCUGAAUAGACGGGAUCGCCCUGGCAGCAGAAAUAAUUAUCCUCACGACUAUGUUCCGUGUUUGCGCUGUGAGAGAUGGACAACCUUGGCAGGGGGAUGGGCAGUCGACAGAACACGUGCUGUUGAUUGGCCCAGCAAAGAGUUGAUUUUGGAGAUAAUUAGCGAAGGUUGUCAUGUUGUUCCAGUGUUUUGUCAUGAUAAUACAGAGAGCAAUUUGAGCCAAACUGAAUGGAGACUUUCGUUUUCUAAUGCUGAGAAGAAGCUUAUACACUCACUAGCAACUGAACAACGACAGAGCUAUAUCAUGGCUAAGUUAAUUAUGAAACAGGUCAUUCAAGAAAUGAAGGACAGUGUUUCAGGAACAACUGUGGAAAAAGCUCCAUCAUCUUAUCAUCUAAAGACAAUUUUCUUAUGGAAAUGUGAAGAGAAGCCUUUGGAAAAGUGGAGACAUCUUCUUGAAUCAGUGGUUGAUUUGUUGAAAACCCUAGUUGAUCAUCUGAGGUUGGGGAACAUUCCACAAUACUUCAUCCCAGAAAACAACUUGAUCGACCAUAUCAAGAAAACUGAUCUUACUUCUGUGGCUGAUGGCAUCACUGCAGCUGUGAAUAACCUUCCUAAAGCACUGCAUAAUGUUUUCCUUGUAGCAUAUAGCAGUCAGCUUGACUAUGAUGGGAGGGUUUGCCCAAUCCUAAGAAUUCUAGAGGGCCAAUUGAAGAUCUUCUGCGAGACUGGUAAAGCAGAAGCUAAGCUCUAUCUAUGCUGUAUAUUGAACUCUGUUAUUGAUUCCCUAUCAGCAGCAACUGUUGGAACCUCAGAUGAAUCACAGCCUCUAAAAGACCAUAGGUACCUGCUGGAGAUUUAUUGUUCAUGUCAUGGCACUGCAAAAAGUGCCUUGGAAGUACCAUCUCCACCUGUGUUGGGUGCUGCAGAAGAGGAAACAACUGUCAUGCUCCUAUUCAAGUACUUGUUGGAUCUAUUACAGAACACACACAUUCUGACCACCUUAAAGAGUGAUGUAUUUGCCUUUUUGACAAGAGUAUUUACCCAAAAUCUAGUUUCAUUGUCAGUCAAGGAAGUGUUCACUGAGUGCUGUGAGGCAUGCCUUGUAUUGUAUCAGACUGUUUGUGACAAUCUUGGAAUAUCCUGUGAAUCUGCUAUUUCAUGUCGUGAAGAGUUUGGCACACUUACUGGCAUUGACUACAUUUUCUUUAAACACCCUGAUAUGGCUAAACAGAAUUUCUGUCAAUUUGCUGCAAAACGGUUUAAGAAGUUUCAAGAAAAUGGUGAUUUAGGCAAAGUGAAGACAUUAAGUUGGUAGUGGGAAAACUAGGUUAAAUAAUCGUAUAGUCUUUAACCCUUUACUCCUAAGAUCUCAUUGGUAAUUUCCUUAUUGUCUGCUAUACAAUUCAUAUGAUGUUAGUUUGGAUAAUUUGGAAUUGGAUCAACAAAUAAUCCUGUAAUAGUGUAGUUUGAUUGUCUGGGUUAGUG